UCGAGCUAAGCAAAAAAAAACGCCUCCGCCACGGCAAACAUGGAUGAAAAUUUGAGCCGGGGCUACGUGCAGUUAGGUAAAGCAAGAGGGAUGAACGAGUUCAAGUCCACGCUUUUUUCACCGCCGGUGGACAAAAACGGCUUCGUCUACAUCGCUCUGAUAUUAGGCGGCAUAGGAUUCCUUCUACCCUAUAACAGUUUCAUUAUAGCAGUGGAUUAUUUUCAAGCGAGAUAUCCCGGAACCACCGUGGUAUUCGAUAUGUCAGUUGUCUACAUUGCCAUAGCGUUUUUGGCGGUCUUUGUGAAUAACAUUCUGGUCGAGACAAUAUCUUUGAAUACACGGAUAACAUUCGGAUAUCUGGUAGCGUUCGUCACUUUAAAUUGUGUCGUGGUCUGUGAGAUCUGGUGGGAACUAUUUAACGUGGCCACUUCGUACACAAUCAAUCUGGUUGCCGUUGCAGUAGUAUCACUUGGAUGCACCGUUCAACAAUCGAGCAUUUAUGGAUACACGUCCAUGCUGCCCAGUCGGUACACGCAGGCAGUGAUGACUGGGGAAAGCAUCGCUGGUCUUUUCGUCUCAAUCAAUCGAAUAUUAACCAAAUCUAUGAUGGACGACGAACGUGGCAACACAUCCAUGUUCUUCGUUUUAUCGACUGUCUUGAUCUUAAAGUGCUUCAUACUGCACCAAAUGGUCCGCAAGACCGAAUUCGUACAGUUCUAUAUAACGCUAUGUCAGAAAAGAAACCGAAUCACUUUGGAACCAACAGAGGAUGUUGGUCUGAUGGAUCCAUUGGAUCAAGUCGGAGAUCCUUCGAAAGGUCAGUAUGGAGUCCUAAAGAUACAGACUAGCCCCUUAGGAACCGAAUCCGCAAGUGCAAAUACAGAGAUAAAUGGGACAAAUCAAUAUUCAGCAUUCUCGUUUAGUAAUCCCGUAUAUGAGCCUGGAGCACCAUCAGGAAAUCCUCCCGGCAGUGCUGGUCCUACGUACAAAGUCGAAGAUGUGGUCGUUAUGAGGGGCGCAUAUGGAGCUCAGUCUAGCAAAACAUGGCCAGAGAUUAAAAAGGGUUUCAUUGCAAGACUUGAAGUGGCAAAGAGAAUAUUCCCAUACAUGGCCAGCAUUGGUAUAGCAUAUUUCGUAACGCUUUGCCUGUACCCUGGAAUUAUGUCAGAAAUAAUCUCCUGUAAACUUGGCUCGUGGAUGCCAGUGCUUUUAAUGACAGCAUUUAAUGCUUCUGAUGUAUUGGGCAAGGUACUAGCACUGAUCCCAUAUGAUUGGAAACGCAAUCAAUUGUUGUAUUUUCCGUGCGCCCGAAUUAUAUUGAUCCCUUUAUUCUUACUCUGCGCUCUACCAAGAGGUGAUCCAAUUCUUUCUGGUGAAAGAUACGCGUUACUACUUUCUUGCAUACUCGGCGUUACAAACGGCAUUGUUGGUUCGGUACCAAUGAUGCAGGCACCUCUUGUAGUUCCUUCGGCACAUCGUGAAUUGGCAGGUAAUAUUAUGACCUUAUCAUAUAUCACAGGAUUAACUGCUGGCUCCUUAUUGGCAUACGUGAUGGAUAGAUGCUUCGAGUUACAAGUUCAAGCGAAAGACGUGUGUUACAAAGCAGUAAAACCAUCUACAAUGUUAUCUAACAAUACAACGCCAAGCAUUUUGGCGAACGUCGUGUCUUCCACUUUACCCACGUUAGAGAAUGCCACGCCUAAGGUAAAAACCACCGCCACUGUUUUGUCAACUCUUCUGACAUCCACCCUGAUGUCUAAUACUACUAUUAGUACAUUAUCCACUGGUAUUAUGGAGGCGUCUACGACCAUGUCCCCGAAAAUGUUCGUUAACGUAACCACCUCGGUGAACAACGCGAUUUUACAACACUAG